AUGGCUAUUACUAAAAUCCACUCCAGAUACGUUUACGACUCUAGAGGUAACCCAACUGUUGAAGUUGACUUGGACACCGAAAAGGGUUCAUUUAGAGCAAUUGUUCCAUCUGGUGCUUCUACUGGUGUUCACGAAGCUUUGGAAUUGAGAGACGGUGACAAAUCUAAAUGGUUAGGUAAGGGUGUUUUGAAAGCUGUUGCCAAUGUCAACGACAUCAUUGCACCAGCUUUGAUCAAGGCCAACAUUGAUGUUACCGACCAAGCCAAGGUUGAUGAAUUCUUGUUGAAAUUGGAUGGUACUCCAAACAAGUCAAAAUUGGGUGCCAAUGCCAUCUUGGGUGUCUCCUUGGCUGCUGCUAAGGCUGGUGCUGCUGAAAAGAAUGUCCCAUUGUACAAGCACAUUGCUGACAUCUCCAAUGCCAAGCAAGAUAAAUACGUCUUGCCAGUUCCAUUCCAAAACGUUUUGAACGGUGGUUCCCACGCUGGUGGUGACUUGGCUUUCCAAGAAUUUAUGAUUGUUCCAUCUGGUGCUCCAACUUUCAGCGAAGGUUUGAGAAUCGGUUCAGAAGUUUACCACCACUUGAAAUCAUUGACCAAGAAGAAAUACGGUCAAUCAGCCGGUAAUGUUGGUGACGAAGGUGGUGUUGCUCCUGAUAUCAAGACUGCUCAAGAAGCUUUGGACUUGAUUGUUUCAGCUAUUGAAGCUGCUGGCUACACCGGUCAAGUUGACAUUGCUAUGGAUGUCGCUUCAUCUGAAUUCUACAAGGACGGUAAAUACGACUUGGACUUUAAAAACCCAGACUCUGACAAAUCCAAAUGGUUGUCUGGACCUCAAUUGGCUGAAUUAUACGGUGAAUUGUUACAAAAAUACCCAAUUGUUUCCAUCGAAGAUCCAUUCGCAGAAGAUGACUGGGAAGCUUGGAGCCACUUUUUCUCCAAGGUCCAAGGUAAGACCCAAAUUGUUGGUGAUGACUUGACUGUUACCAACCCACUCAGAAUCAAGAAGGCUAUUGAAACCAAGGCUGCUGAUGCUUUGUUGUUGAAGGUUAACCAAAUUGGUUCUUUGACUGAAUCCAUCCAAGCUGCCAACGACUCUUAUGCUGCUGGUUGGGGUGUUAUGGUCUCCCAUAGAUCUGGUGAAACUGAAGACACUUUUAUUGCUGACUUGUCUGUUGGUAUCAGAUCAGGUCAAAUCAAGACCGGUGCUCCAGCUAGAUCCGAAAGAUUGGCCAAGUUGAACCAAAUCUUGAGAAUCGAAGAAGAAUUGGGAGACAAAGCUAUCUAUGCUGGUAAAGACUUCCACACUGCUCAAACUUUGUAA